AAACAUUGUCAGUACUUCUCUGCCUGUGACGCCACUUCCUUUUGAAGAAACAAAAGAAGAAAAAAACAAAUUUCUGCUGUAUUAUCUGUGGGGAGAGAUGUUGUCAACCUACACACCUCUCAAUACAUGUUUCUGCUGGUUACUUUUGACAGGCUGCCUUCCCUUUGUCUGUUGCACCUUCCAUGGCUGCUGAUGACUAUAACCCUGUCUCCCUGAGGCACAAGUCAAAGAAGAAGAACCGGGGAGGCAAUGGUACCAUGAGCAGAAGACGAGUGUCCGUCAAAGAGCUCGGUCAGCCGGACCAUCAGGGCUGGCUUUACAGGAAGAAGGAGACCAAGGGCUUCCUGGGGAUAAAAUGGAAGAAGUACUGGUUUGUUCUCAAGAGAACGGCUCUAUACUGGUACACCAACCAAUUGGCGGAGAAAGCAGAAGGCUACAUUGACCUCACCAACUUCAUGAUCGAUGUAGCCAUCGAGUGCAAGAAAAAACAUGCAUUCAAAGCCUGCCACCCUCAGGUCAUGAUGUUUUAUUUCGCGGCUGAGAGCCAUGAGGACAUGAAUCUAUGGUUGAAUAAACUCGGGUUGGCUUCUAUCCAUUAUGAGCAAACAGAGCAAGCCACAACAGCUGAGUGUUAUAGUGAAGCCAGUGAUCAUGAAGAAGCAGAGAGCCCAGAGAUCCCGCCUCCACCAUACUCUGAACAGACCCUACGGGAGUCCCAGGAUGUGCCUGAUCCACCUGGGAGCACACAUCAGGGUACUCUUCCACCUCCCUAUGCUUCCGCUGCUCCUGCAGAAGCCAGCGAUUUGCUCUCCUCCCCCGUCAGUACGAUGACUUCGCAGAGCUCCGCCUCCUCGCUUGCCAAGCAGCGGCAGUCCUGGAUGGACCUUGUCUCCCAGGCGUCCUCUUCUCCGGCCGGGGAAUCGGCGGUAAUUUGCUCUGUUCAAGUCCACUUGCAAAAAGAGAGAAGCGGAGGGGGAGGAUCAUUGGAAAACUCCGUUCCCCAGGAUUCCUCAAAUUCAAAUGGGUCCAACAGAGAGAUGGGCGUGGUGGAAGGGGAGGAGCAGAGGGAUGUUUUAGCACCUCAAAAUCAAGGAAAUCGUGAGAAUAGCUCAGAUGAGAUGGAAAAGCUCUACAUUCAUCUGAAGGAGGCCAGUCUCUCGCCAAUAGGGGAUCGAAAACCUUCAACAAAAAGGGAAUUCAGGGCUUCUUUUGUAAAACGCUGCAAAAACCAGACUGUUAACGAUAAGCUACACCAUAUCAGGGCACUCAACAGCACGUUAAAGUCUAAAGAAGCGGACUUGCAGGCAAUAGAGCAGGUGCUAUCUGACCCAGAGCUCACCUCGGAUAAGUUCAGAGAGUGGAAGGAGUCCAAUGGACCUCUGAUGCUGGAAAUCUGUGUCAAAGACGACCAGAAGGGGGCGCCAGAGGCUGUAACUGGUGCAGCAUCAGUCACUGCUGCUCCUGUUGCAGAGACUAGUUUAUAAAGUGUCCAAUUAUGAGCUGGUUUACUGUAUUUGGACUUGGACCUUAUGGUUGUAUACCAUGAGAAUGCAAACUUACUGCUGUGAUUAAUUCAGCUUACACUUCAGUUCCACGGAAGAGCAUAUGAGGUCUAACGUGUCUGACUUUGUAAAGUGUUUUUAUCUAAAUAUAUAUGUGGAGAUGGGAUGAAUUUACACAAAAAUGUGAAUUCAGUUUUAGUAUUACUUUCACUCUCCAGUUGGAAGGAAUAGUGUUUUUUUUCAUUGUGGUUCCCAUUGUAUUAUAUGAAAUGAUUGAGUAGCUUGAAAAACGUUGGUCUUCUGCACAGAAACACUGUUUUGUUGUUUUUAUUGUAUAAUUUAUCUGUGCAUUAGGCUGUAGUGAACAAAUACUCAGAUUCUUGUUUUUACGUAGUUGUCUGCUAAUUAUUGGUGCUAUGCACCAACUUUGCCUGUUACAAGCAGCCCUACAGCCAGGAUUAGUUUGCUUUUCUCUAGAUGUCAUGUUAUGGUUAAUAACUGUUCUGACUGAACAAUACGCUCUGUAGUUACAAUAAAUCACAAACCCUGAAACCCUAACUUCAGAUUCAUAGGAGUCAAAUUAUUGUUUCUUUACUGUUUAAGUAUUAGGUUGAAGACUUAGAAUGUCCUUCGAAACCAUAAAUAUUGACAGUAUGUUCGUUUCAUUUCGUGUGAUAAAGAUUUUAUAAAAACGCAGCCCAACUUUGCAGUGUGUACCAGCAUCUUUGUCCAAUAAUGAUGCUCUGUUUCACUACAAAGCAACUUUCUGAUAUUGUCACGUUUUAGCUGGUUGAAAACCAUCCAAAUGUUUGUAUAGCAGGUAAAUAAGUUAAGAAUUUUAUGCUAAAAUAUGCAAAAAAUAAAACAGUUACAUCUAAUUUGAAAACACUUAUGUUGGCACUGUACUGGAAAAAUGACCUAGAAAUAAGUACAAAUUUCUUAAAUUAAGUGUAUUUACCCUUAACUUGAGUAGGUAAAGGAGGUGUUUUGCCAAUGAAGUAUUUUCACUCUUAAAAUAAGAUAAUUAGAUAAUAUGCACUUGAAAUAAGACAAUGUAAUUGCGUUUUCUCGUUUUAAACGUUAAUUGUCUUGUUCCAUUGGCAAAAUGUCUCUUUAACCUCCGCAAUCCAAGAACAAAUGCACAAAACUACUUAUCUAGAUUUCAGUUUUUUUCCAGUGUGGUUUAGUUUUUGUAAAGCUUUACAAAUUAUUACUACAAUAAUUCUAAAUUUAUUUGACAAAUUGUGUUGGGAUUUUAUUCAGCAAAGGCUGCUCUAUGUGACUUUACAUGUUUUUUUGUUUUUUGGAUUAACGUUCAACAUAAUUAUCAGAAAACCUAGAGGGUCCUGCCUGGAUCACUUUGAGAAUUUGUUUAUUUUUGUUUUUUCUUUAUGUUAAGGUUGUAUGUAAAUAUGUUAACAAUAAAUAUGUGUGU